GGGUUGGCCUUAUAAAAUAGAGGCAUAGUGUGACUCUUCCACACAACAACAAAGCACCUCAGCAGGAUCGGGUCUUGUAGUAAGAAGAAAAGCUUUUGAAUGUAUUUUUCCUUUCCCUUUUGUUUUUAAGAGUUGGUAUUAUAGCACGUUAAAAUGGACAGCAGAUGUCAGUGUACAGAUUACAAUGACAGGCAGUCAAAUGCUAUACUCUACAAUAUCCUUAGUCAAGCAGACAAUGACCUGUCAAGCCACAGCACACUGACCUACAACGGGACGCCUCACAGAUGCAACUGCGAGACGAGAUGGAGAGUAUGCUUGAAAAGCCCAGCGGACAUUUGCCACGAAGCGUCAGCAGUGUUGGUGAAAACAAUUCAAUUUAUGAAGAACUUACCUGCUUUCAAACAACUCCCAGUGAGUGAUCAACUAUCACUUCUUCAAAGCUGCUGGGCACCACUCUUUAUUUUGGGUCUGGCACAGGAAGGGGUGAACUUUGAGGUCAUCGACACUCCUGCCGAUAGCAUGCUGAAAAGAAUCCUCUUGAAAUCUCAAAAGAGCUUAGAGGUAGACAGGGAGCAACCCACUUUGUUUGGGGUGAAUAAACUAAAGUCAUGCCUCAAAAAGUUCUGGAGUCUGGAUUUAAGUCCAAAGGAGUAUGCAUGUCUCAAAGGAACAAUGAUAUUUAACCCAGAUGUCCAAGACCUGAAGGCAGCUCUGUUUGUUGAGGGCUUACAGCAGGAGGCUCAACAGGCUCUGAGGGAGGUGGUGCAACCCCUCUACCCUGGGGACCGAGGCCGCUUCGCCCGCAUCCUGCUCACAGCAUCCACACUCAACACCAUCACACCCAACCUCAUCACCGAGUUGUUUUUCCGACCUGUCAUUGGCCAGGCAGAUCUACUGGACUUCUUAGUUGAUAUGUUCUUCAGCAGGUAGCCACGGUAUAGCUGAUACCCAGCUUAUGUGAACUUGGACUUGAGGGUUUUGGAGUAUCACUUCGAGGGAUGCUGAGCCCUGACAGAAGAGAGUUGCCCGUGGUGUGGUGAACAGUGGAGCCCACAAAUAAGUGUUUGUCACUGAAGGAACACCUGUUUUUUUUUAUACUGACACAAAAUCCAUGUUAUGUUAAAGAGAUGAUGUGAAGAAAACAUUUGUAUUAUUAUUGAUUUACAUCAAUUAAGAAAACAGUUUGUUAUUGUUAACAACCAUCUAUGAAUUAGCAUAAUUUAUAUCAGCUAUUCAUAUUUUGUAGUAAAUUGAGGUCACAAUAGUUGGUAGUUGUAAGACAGAUUUGACUGGUUGCCUGUCUUACAACACAGCAGAUACUUUGCCAAAAAUUAUAUCUAUUCUGCAGAAUACGGUCUAGAUACUUUGUUUGGUUUGUUCAUGAAUAAUGUAAAUAAUCUCUGGGACUGCAUCCAGAAAAUGUGUUAAAAAUAUAUUUUUCUACAAUUA